CGCACAACUCAUUGUCCAAGCAGGACCCCGUGUUUCCUGUACUGCCAGUUCAAUGCAUAGGUCGCUUCCGGCGCUGAGGUGCAAAUUCCUCUGCAGUGGACCGGGUGUCCCGUUAUCUGUGGAGAACGCUGCAGUCAGCGGUACGGACUGCAGGGCUGGCUGACAACCUGCGGAAGGACUGGCACGGUUCAUGCACUUCUCACGUAACACCCCGAAGAAUCUACACUUACCGGUCAAGCUAGUGUUUUAUCAUGAUGACUUGACAGCAGAGGAACAUACGCUGUUUUCCGACAUUUGGGAGGUUUUCGGAGCCAGCGCUACGAGUCUGUCACGUGUUAGUCCGUGUGGAGGGCGGCUUGGGUUCACGCGACCCUUCUCACUCCAUCGCCAAUUUUCGGUUGACCGUGACGAUGGUGGUGUGAGUCGCAACUUUGAGGAGGGGAUUCAUAAGCGGAACUAAAAUAAUUAUGGCGCCAUCACACUCAGGGAUAGGUGUACUGUUCUGUCGAGUUAUAUCCCGAAGAAACGUAUCCAAGUAACGUUUUAUCAAGUGCUCUAUUAAAUAAUGGACCCCGCACCUAGACUGUAGGAAUCUCAUCUCUGUCUCCUUGAGCGCUGUUGCUGAAGUUCCUACAUUGCCAAAAUAAAAUGGAAAAUUAAGGUGAAGGGCUGGCUUUGAGACAGCUGUGGAAUUAUCUCGAUAUCCACAGAGGAGGGUAUGACGCCGAAAUAGAGAACAGUCCUCUGUGAAUUAUUUCCUCUGCUUCAGCACCGGUCGUCAUGCUGCCUAAAGAGCACAACAGUGAGCCCAAGGCAGCCAAGCUCAGCCUGUUUAAGAGGAAUGAUGCUCUGAACGCCCGGGCCAAGAAGGAGAAGGAGGUGCAAUUCGUGGCCCCCCCAGAUGGCGGCUGGGGCUGGAUGGUGGUCCUGCACUGCUUCCUGGUGAACGUGCUGGUCAUGGGAACCCUGAAGAGCUUUGGGAUCUUCUUCGUGGCAUUCCAGGACGAGUUCGGCGGCACGGCCGAGAGCAUCAGCUGGAUCGGCUCCAUCAUGUCCAGCCUGCGUCUCUCCGGAGGUCCCUUGGCGUCUGUGGCGUGCGCCAAGCUGGGGAACAGGGUGACUUCCAUAGCUGGGGCGAUGCUGGUCAGUGUUGGUUUCCUCAUGAGCAUCUUCGCCACGAGCGUGGUCUUCCUCUACAUCAGCAUGGGGCUGGUUGUCGGCCUUGGUUUUGCCCUCCUGUACCAAGCCACUUCUGUUGUCACGGCAACAUAUUUCCGUAAGAGGUUAGCAACAGCGUACUCCAUUGGGCGGUCAGGGAUGGGCUUGACCUUUGCCCUUGCCCCCUUCACCCAGCUGCUGCUGGAACAGUAUGCCUGGCAAGGAGCUCUGCUGAUCCUUGGAGGCCUCAUGUUGAACCUGGUGGCAUCUGGAAUGCUGCUGAGACCCAUUUACCUGAAGCCGUCAGCCCCGCCUUCCUCAACCUCAUGCUCAUCCCUCCAGAAAAGCCCCCUCAUUGGUCCAGAGAAGGUAAAGGACCGCCCUCAGAAUGGGUGCUGCCGUAACGGAUCCACGCCGUUAACCAACGGCAUCGCCAAGUCUGACUCGGAACCCGCCGCCCCGAUGCCCCUGCAGUGGGAUACAGAGACCCCGGAGAAGGUCGACUCACCCGGUGGGGGUCAGAGACGCCUCUCACCUCCUUCAAACCCCGAGCUGACCAAGUUGGUCCAGAACGGGGUGAAUGGACAUGUCCAGGAGACGUCCCCCACCCUCACGGACCCACCCGGGCCCGUGUGUCAGAAUGGGGCCCCCAGUCCGAAUGGUUCCGCCAUCUUGGGACUUUCCUCUCCAAAUGGCACCCAACCGGUGGACAAGCCGGUUCUGCCGGUUGCAAAGAAAAACAAAAUCCUUGACUUGUCGCUGUUGAAGAACCCGUUCUUUUGCAUCUACACCUGGUCCCUGGUGUUCAGUCAGCUGGCCUACUUUAUCCCGUACUUCCACCUGUCAGCCCGCGCCAGGAACCUUGGCAUCGACGCCAUGGAUGCCUCCUUCAUCAUCUCAGUGGCAGGCAUCACGGAGACCAUAGCCCAGCUGGGCUCCGGCUGGCUCGCGGACAAGAACCUGUUCCACAAGUACCAGUACCACAAAGCCUACCUGAUCCUGUGCGGAGUGGUCAACCUGUUUGCCCCGCUGGCCGACACCUACGCCCUGCUCAUGGUCUACGCCGUCUUCUUCGCCGUCUUCUGUGGCGGCUACAUGGCGUUGCUCCUGCCCGUCCUGGUGGACCUGGUUGGACAAGAAAAGCUGAACAACUCAAUGGGAUUCUCCAUGUUCUUUGUAGGCCUAGGCUGUCUCACCGGACCUCCGCUUGCAGGUUUCCUAUACGACUACACCCAGACCUAUGACUGCUCCUUCUACCUGGCUGGGGUGUGUUAUCUGCUCUCCUCCAUCUCUCUCUUCCUGGAACCAGUAGCGAGGAGGUGGGAGAGCAGGAGGAAGAAACGGGAGGCGCAAAACACUGACACCAGCUGGAAGACCAACGGCUGUUUCUGCCCAGAGGCAGAGCUUCCUGUCCAGAAGGACGGCAAUGGCGUGGUCUAGAAAGGGCUGCCUCACCCUAGCCAGUGCAUUUGGUUUCUUGGACGUUAUGGGAAGACUGCAUGCCAAAUAACCAUUGGGGGUCCACCACGAUUCAGCAACUUCCAAGGUUCUUAGAACAUUUUGUGUUUGCUGGGACGUUACCAUAGUGCCCAGGUCUUUUCAGUCAGCUUGGCAUUAAGGCUGUGGAGGGCUGGGUUGGCUUCCAGUUCCUGAUAUGUGCCAUUCAGGGGACACUUGACAAUUUUCCAAAGCAAUUCCCAGACUUACAGUACAGCAAGUCCAUUUUUCUAUGAUUUUUUCCCCCUAUAAUAUCCCAGCAGGAAUCGAACCCACAACCUUAGUGUUGCUUGAGACACAUUUGACUGUGUAGAGGGAGGUCUGUGUUGGCUGCUCUCAGUCUAAUUCUCUCCUUAAUAUAAAGGAUGGUCCUCCAUUUGCCAACUGUGACAGUUGGACUUAAGUCAACCUUUGUUUUGGGAUGGACUGAAAUGACCCUGCAGCUUCAGAGAAAUCCUAUGAACCUCACUGCAGCAAUUAUGCUACCACAGCAAAAUGAAUAGCCUACUGGUUGUGGAUAUGUUUUAAAGCAGUCCAUAAAACGGCAAGGAACAGAAUAUCUUGUUUAGUAAAGUUUUGAAUAUAAACCAAAUUUUAACUAAUACAGUGUCGUUUGAUCCCCCAUGUCCUCUAUGGCUUCACCUCACACCUGCUACAGAAAUCAGAAUCACCUUCUAUUGUCAAAUACAUUUACAUACUGUACAUAUUGAAUUUGAUUUGGUGAAUCGGUGCUGCCAGGUCGGCCAACAACCUGAUACAGACACCCAAUGUAGUGUUGACUAAUGUGACCGGAAUACUGUAUUGAAUGGAACGUAACCUCUGACACAACACAGCCACAGUUCUCUCUUCAAUCACAAACGAUUGCCCGUGUGUUACAGGUAGAAACCAUAACACCCUGCGGGCACAACCCGGAGAUGAGCCCUGUUCAACAGACGCCCGGUGUACCUUUACACAGAAACAGGCCUUUUGUAAAUGGUUUGGCUUAUUUACCACAAACCAAACAACUUGUAUAUGUACAUGAACCAUAUGAUCUGGGACAAGGGGGGACGGGGGGGGGUUCCCCCCCCAAAAAGAAAUAUUAUGCCACAGAACCCUCUUUCCCAGGCCCAGUCGCUAUAGCCAACUGGUGGACUGGAUCUCCAUCCCCACCGAUCAGUCCUAUUUCUAUAGUACCAUAAGGCGUCUGCGUCAGAUUGUUUUCUGCCGUCGUGUCAGCAUUCGGUGUGAAAAUCGCCCCGUCGAAGCAGGCAAGGACCAAGCUCCAUGCUGGUGGAACGGAUCAAACAGGAUGAAACGCCGGGGUUCACUGCGUACAUAUACGUGGUGGACGGCCGUGUCAGUUGGGGCCGUUUUACUGUGUAAACUGUAACCAAGUGCUUUUGGAGGACAGACGCUCUGUUUGCUGAGUGCCAAUCAGUUACCAGGACUAGGCACUCGGACAGUGAUUUGCCGACUACAACCUACAUAAUAUAUCUUCUUUAGCUGGCACUACCAACACACUAGAGACUGUAGGGAGAUUACAUGAAAGGCUGUUGUGGGCUUCUGCAGGCUUCCCCGGGCAAUCGGAAUGGCAAUGCAACAAAUGACAGCGGAUGAAAAAAAAAAGUUUUUACUUGUUUUAUAGAUAUUUUUUAUGCUGUAAAUCGGUUUUUGUUUUGUGAGUCUUGUCAAUUGUUUAUCACCACGAUUUGCCUUUAUUAUGAAGAGUUGUAUCUUUACUAACUUUCCUGUUUAAUGUGAGCCAAAGACACAUUCAUAAUCUACACCACAAAACCUCUGAAGAGAUACUAAGUAUAAUACAGUACUAGAUGAAUAUUAGCUCAACAUUUUCAUACAGGUAUUCUACAGGAAUACUACAUAAAACAUUUUGGUUACUUCACUGUCCUUCACCACAUUGUCUUCUGUAUGCUUUGUUGCCUGGAUACAGAAUGUAGCCUAGUUCAGUAUUCGGUGUGUGGAACUGUGCUUGUCCAUGGGUUAUUGCUGACCAGUUCUUGGUUCCAGGCACAAAAAUAACUGUUCAUGAACCGCAGAUGUGAACUUAUUUUUAUGUUUGUUUUCUACCGCCCUCUAUUGGCGCAAAAAGGCUUCGGCUCAAAGAAUGCGGCAUCAUUAACUAGCACCAAAUCUCUCUUCCUCCUCAAUGCACUCUCACAAAGUCCCUCAGACAGCCUGGCUGCCUGCACAGCUUUGCAUUGUUUCAGGACAUUGUGCCGUACACCGUUAUGCGCACACAACAGUCCUACUCGCUCCUGAAAUGGUUGCCCAGAGAGCUCUGUGUUCCAAGUCCAGAAAGGCACACUAUUCCCCCUGUCGAGCACUACUUUUGACCAGAGUCCCACAGGUUCUGGCUCGGCGUAGUUCUCCAGGAAUAACGGGGCCGUUUGGGACCAAGCAAGCGUUCGCUGCCUUUGAGUAAGAUUUCCAAGAAGCGAUUGAGGGCAACCAAUAUAAUGAAUCAUGUGUUAAAAAUAUGUUGCCGCUUUGACGGUGGUGUCGGGGAAAUCCCGCGGCUGCAGAAAACAAGGAUGCAUAUUGGGUCGAUGUUCCACGGGACAAACGAAGAGCGUUGAACCCAGAUUUUGGCCGUCACACGGAACAGUGCGAAGGGAGAACAGGGCACCUGAGCAGAGACCGUGUGACUGUACAAGCAGUCUGGGACCUCCCACAAUACCUGUGGCGCUGCUAGUGGCAACCUCAUUAUGCUGAGUCUACCUUUGAAAGUGAAUUGUUAUGACAUUUUUGUCUUUCCUGAAGCCUGUGUUGUGUAUUAUAGUAGGGGCCCAACCUUUUCCAUGCCCUUUUAAACAUACAGUUUACACCUAUAAUAAUAAUUAUAGGAACGAUUGUUUACUAUGUUUAAAGAAGCAUUUUCUACAAGAUUUGUUCUCAGUAGAUGUAUUUGAAAUGUGCAACCCAUGGACACGAAUAGUCACCAAGCAAAGUGACUGUGCAGGUAUAUAUUGGCAACAUCUACUUAUGUUAAAUAUGUGCAUGAUGUGGAUGUUUCAAUUAUAUUCAGAUUGCAAUAAUAAUAAUGUCUUGUUCAACCUCUAUUGCCAAGAUGACAGCUUUCACAUGAAUGUAGGUUUCAGCCAGGUGUAAUGUUUGAUUAAAGGUUACUAGAAAACCUUGCUUAACCAAUCACAUUCGUAACAGUCAUUUCCUGACUAGCGUGUAAAUGUGCAGUUUCUUUUGCAAUUUUUGUACACCUUUUAACAGACUGUAAAAUCUGCUUCAAUAAAGUCAUGCGAAAGGCA